AUGAGACAAGAGAACGCCCAGUUCUUUCAACUCUCAACCAUGGAUUCAACACCGUCUAUUCUGCGUUCUUCGUGUGAUAACUGCACCGCCGCCAAGGUCAAAUGCAGUCAAGGUCGUCCGGGCUGCGCUCGAUGUGCCCGACAUGGGGUCACCUGCGCCUACAGCAUCUCGCGAAAAGCGACUCGAAAUGGCAUGACCAGUCGCAAGAAUAAACCACGAUCCCAGUCUGCUCUGUCUACGGUACCCUCUGUUGAACCCCCGGCCGAGCCCCCGUCCAAUAUGACCCCCGCACUGCCCGUCGAUGCCAGCCAACUACCUCCCACUCCCUCCCUCACUUGGGAUCCUCACUUCGCCACCUUCAGCUUCGGGGAGACUCCAGCUAUCUUGCCCAAUGGGUCGCCACCCGCCGGGUCUCCUCCGAUGCCUCCAUUCCAUGCGGCGAGUGGCGUUCCCUGGAGUCUGUUCGCCAAGGGAACGACGCCGAAUUUCCCGCUGUCGCAGCUGAUGGAGACGCCGACCCCCGCCAUGGAGAUGAUCACCGAUCCGCCCACCGACAGUUCCAACGGGUCCAAGCCCCGCGAGGGCGAUAACUGCUGUUCUGAGUCGGUGGAUAUCAUGGUGUUGCUGCAGUUCAAGGCCAUCCACGAGAUGCGGUCCAAUGCCAUCGCCCGCGGUCGCUCGGAGGAGACCUCGUCGCUGCCCUUUGAUCACAUCCUGACCACCUGUCGCUCGGCGUGCCAGCGACUGCUGGAACUCAUGCAGUGCGAUUGUGCCACGAAAGGUCAUAUGGCUCUCAUGCACAGCUCCAUCAUCUCCGCGAUCCUCUACUGGUUCAACUGCGCCGCCCAGUCCGAGGGUCCCCGUCCCGCCGACUUCCUACACUCCUACAGUCCGCCGGCACGAGCCUGUGUCAGCGCUGCUCCCAGUGUCAGUGGUCCCCCGACAACCAUGGGUCUCUACCAACUGGAGGAGGAGGACCGCGUGGCGAUCCGACAGACACUGAUUCUGGGGAAACUGCGUCGCGUGGCCACAGCCAUCGAUCGUCUGGAGGAGCUGGGCACCGGGACGGGGUCGCGUAGCCCCAAUAUCCACAAGGGACUAGCGACCUGGCUGAGGACAGAGAUGCAGCAGGUCACCAGUGCCUUGCGAGUGGAUGCGCGUGUAGAGGAGUGGUAG